CUUCUUGAAUUCCAACGAAAACAAUUGGUUGAGCGUGAAGCAACUGUAUAAACUGACCUCUCAGCACGAUCGAUCGGGUAAUCAGGCCAGCGAGCAGAUUUCAAGGCAAUUCUAAACAGAAGUGUGAAGGUUUGUGUAUAAGCCAAAUCAAGUGAUCGCCCAACUCCCCAAACUAACAGGACAGAUCCCAAGGUGGCAGCAGCUCAGCCCAGAAGUAAUGAAAUGCGCUGAUUUUCGCACCCAAAGUUACGUUGCCUGAUCGUGCUACCGCGGUUGAAAGGCUCUCAACUGGAACUGCUGAGUGUCAGCGGAGAGAGACCUCCCUCGAGUAUAACAGCAGACCACGACCAAGCCCAAAGGGGGUUACCGCCUGCGCUGUAUCGCGGCACAGAGUGUGCGGAGCCGCGCCCUUCGGUGUUGUCCCCGGUUGCUGCUCGCUCACUGGCCAUCACUCACUCAGGAGCUGAGGAACCGAGCAGCUCUACACCCGCUGUAUGUACCUCGCAUUUGCCAACUAUGGACGCUCUAAAGUCAGCCGGCCGGGCGCUGAUUCGGAGCCCCAGUAUUAGCAGGCACAGCUGGGGGAUGGCCAGACACCAGAAGCUGCCAGAAAACUGGACUGAUACAAAAGAAUCCUUACAGGAAGGAAUGGUCUUUCACCUUAAGUACCUUGGGGUAACCGUAGUGGACCAGCCGAAAGGGGAAGGGAUGGCAGCUGCAGCCAUUCGACGGAUAAUUACUGUGGCAAAAGCAAGUGGAAAGAAAUUCCUCAAAGUUACCCUAAUUGUUUCACCUCGGGGGAUAAUGUUACAAGAUACUAUAACCAAUGAACUUAUAGAAAACGUCUCUAUUUACAGAAUAUCAUACUGCACUGCAGACAAGACUCAGGACAAGGUCUUUGCAUACAUUGCACAGAGUCAGCUAAAUGAGACAUUGGAAUGCCAUGCAUUUCUUUGUCCGAAGAAAAAAAUCGCACAAGCUGUAACCUUAACCGUUGCACAGGCCUUCAGAAUUGCAUUUGAUCUGUGGGAAGUGGCGCAAGAGGAAAAAUGUAAAAAGACACAUGAGCUGUGCAAAAGCCCUGAAACUGCAGCCUUUAAUGGAGCAACAGGACAUAUAGAGAAAGAUACAACUACAGCAAAGGAUCACAAAGUAAGCAGAGUCCAGAAUCCAACUGAUGUCAAUCUAGGUAUCGUGAAGCAAAACAGUCCAUCGUGUGGAUCCCCUUUACAUGCACUUUCUUGGGAAGACGACGAUGGUCUUGAUGACGCUUUCUCAAGAUUUGCGGAAUCACGAACAAACAUACGGUGCAAGAAUGUCUCAGUAGAUCUUCAGGACUCUUGAGUAGAAGAGGCCCUCCUACGAUUGCAGAGUAGGCAAAAUACGCCCAUGACCUCCAGUCUCAAAAAAGUCUUGUCACCACGCCAUUUGUUAAGGCACAGCUGCCUCUUGUUCAUUGAGAUGCCAGUUUAAUUGCAGUAACUUUGGCUUGGUUUUGGAACAUGCUGAAAGAAGAGAACUGGAGCGAA